GCAAUUGAAUGGCAUGCAUAACACAGUCUGUAUCUCUUGCGAUGGGUAUCAUCUGUCAUAAUAUAAAUUAAGAUUAGAAAGUACAAAGAUUUCCUUGUUUUUCGUUCUGUGACUUGCCCGACGACCACAACACAAGAAUUACGACAAACGACAAUCAUGGAUACCAAUGUGGAUGGUUCCUCGGAGUCGUCACAACAGAAAAGUCACUAUAUACUCCCAUCCGAUAGCAGAGAAACUGGCAGAUUGAACCUACAGCAUCGCCUGAUCGUCAAAGCGUUCGACGGUAAACUCGUUUUUGCACCGUUGACUUUAAAGUCAGGCGAUCGUGUACUGGAAAGUGGAGCAGGCUCAGGUAUCUGGACUCUGGAGUUCUGGAAAGAAUAUUCCCAGAAAAAUAUCCAUCUUGACAUUGAAUGUAUCGACAUUUCCCGAGAUCAAUUCCCGACUCAGGUCCCUUCCAGCGUUCACUUCUCGCUUCGUUCCAUCUUGGAUGUUCCUCUCGAGUGGUCCGACCAAUUCACAUUCGUCCACCAACGUCUCUUAGUCGCCGCCUUACCUCGCCCCCUCUGGCAUAAAGCCCUUCACCAAAUUUACCGUGUCUUGAAGCCGGGAGGAUGGCUUGAACUCGUCGAAUCCCACGCUAAAAUCCGGAAAUUUGUUGUCGGUCCCAAUUCAAAAAACCUUGCUCUUAUUAGCGACCGCAUGUUCGAGUCGAAGGAUUUCGUAGGUGAUACCGAAGUCUACCUGCCCCCUGUGAUGCGCGAAAUGGGAUUUGUAGACGUGCGUUGUGAAGGGAGAGAUGUUCCCAUUAGCAACAGUCGUUCUGUUGUCGAUGAUGAUGGACUUGACAGAGUACAAAUAUGGUAUGAUCUGUGGAAGGGUUUCAAAGGUUCUAUUUUAGCAGGAGGGGGUUAUGGGAUUGUUAGCUCUGAGGAGGAGUAUGAGUCGCUCUUGUUGGCAUGCAAGGACGAAUGGAAUAAUUCGACAGAGGCGUACACUACCUAUUGGACAAUAUUUGCUAAAAAGCCGGAGUAGUAUCGUCUUUGGAAAUCAUAGAUUGUGCGCUUGCCCCGUAUCGUCAUGUCGACUGUGCGUAAUCCGAAGAAAAAUCAAUCGUGUCCAGGUUAGCCUCAUCAUUACGGAGACUACAUCGAAUACACGGUUCCAUAAUUUAUUAUCGAGAUGUCCUGCAAGUUAUUUAGUAGUCGAAGUCCUAAAAGCUGACAAGAGAUUGGAGCGAG